GCGCAGCACACAGGGCGACUGGAAGACAAACGGAGAAGACCGGCCCGCUGGGUGGGGGCGGGGAGGCGUUCAGUGGGCCUCUGGAGUGUGUGUCUGUCAGUGCGCCCGCGCCUGUGUGUGUGUGCGUGUGUGUGUGUGUCUGGCGCCUGUCCAAGGUGAUUUCCCAUAAAGCACAUGCCUCACAAGUCCGCUUAAAAGGCUGUGCCGAGGAGCUGGCCAGUGGAGCCCGGCUCGGGGAAAGUGAAAGUUUGUCUGGGUGCUCCGCGCGCCGCCGCGAGUCCCUCUACACUCCCGGGUCAGCAGCGCGGCCCUCGGCCAGGGCGCGGACUCUGCAGCGGCCAGCGAUCAAGACAGCGAGCAGCAGAGCGAGGGCGGCCGACGCGCCCGGCCGGGACCCAGCUGCCCGUAUGACCGCGCGGGGCGCCGCCGGGCGCUGCCCUCCCACGACAUGGCUGGGCCGUCUGCUGCUGCUGGCCUGUCUCCUGGUGAGCAGUGGUGCUACUGAGGAGGUGUCGGAGAACUGUAGCCACAUGAUUGGGAACGGACACCUGCUGUUCCUACAGCAGCUGAUUGACAGUCAGAUGGAGACCUCGUGCCAAAUUUCCUUCGAGUUUGUAGACCAGGAGCAGUUGGACGAUCCCGUGUGCUACCUUAAGAAGGCAUUUCUCCUGGUGCAAGACAUAAUGGAGGAUACCAUGCGCUUCAAAGACAACACCCCCAAUGCCAAAGCCAUUGUCCAGCUCCAGGAACUCUCUCUGAGGCUGAAGAGCUGCUUCACCAUGGACUAUGAUGAGCAGGACAAGGCUUGUGUCCGAACAUUCCAUGAGACGCCUCUCCAGUUGCUGGAGAAGAUCAAGAAUGUCUUUAAUGAAACAAAAAAUCUCCUUAAAAAGGACUGGAACGUUUUCAGCAAGAACUGCAACAACAGCUUUGCUAAAUGCUCCAGCCAUGAUGUGGUGACCAAGCCUGAUUGCAACUGCCUGUACCCCAAAGCCACCCCUAGCAGUGACCUGGCCUCUGUCUCCCCUCAGCAGUCCCCCACCCCCUCCACAGCCCCUAUGGCUGGCUUGACCUGGGCUGACUCUGAGGCAACAGACGGCAGCUCCCUCUUGCCCAGAGAGCAGGCCCUUCGCACAGUGGACCCGGGCAGUGCCAAGCAGCGACCACCCAGGAGCACCUGCCAGAGCUUUGAGUCGCCAGAGACCCCACGCGUUGAGGGCCGUCCCACUGGAGAUUCUCCUCAGCCUGGCCCUUCGGUUGGAGCCCAUGUCACUGGGAUGGAAGACAUUCUUGACUCUCUGCUGGGUGCUAACAUGGCCCUGGAAGAGGCCUCUGGAGAGGCUAGUGAGGGUCCUAUACCCCAAGGGGCAGAGCUUUCCUUCUACAGUCUGGGAGGACGCAGCGUCCAGGCAGAGCCUGUCAGCCCCAGUCACAUCCUCCCAGCAUCUUCAGCACUCUCUGGAUCAGGAAAGAGGCUGCGGCUUGCGGAUGCAACUAGCACACACCUGCCCACCCUGGGCCCCAUGAGACCCACUGAGGCCUGGAGUCACACACCUGAGAAGACAGAACGUCCCUCUGCCUUGCCCAGAGACCACCAGGAGCCAGGCUUGGCCAAGACACCAGCACUGCGCCCGCAAGGCCUCAGCAGUCCCUCCGCCCCCUCUUCUCAGCCAAAGCUCCCCAGAAGCCAUUCCUGGGGCCACGUGCUGUCCCUUGGGGAGCUGGAAGGCAGGAGGAGCACCAGGGACCGGAGGAGUCUCGCAGAGCUGAAAGGAGGACAAGCAAGUGAGGGGGCGGCCAGGCCCCCGGCCCGUUUUAACUCCGUUCCUUUGACUGACACAGGCCAUGAGAGGCAGCACAAGGAAGCCUCCAACCCCCAGCUCCCUGGUUUUGUCUUCCGCCUGCUGGUGCCCAGUAUCAUCCUGGUCUUGCUGGCCGUCGGCGGGCUCCUGUUCUACAGGCGGCGGCGGCGGAGCCAUCGAGAGCCGCAGAUGGUGGAUUCUCCCAUGGAGCAACCAGAGGGCAGCCUCCUGGCCCAGGAGAAGGACAGACAGGAGGAGCUGCCAGUGUAGACAGAAUCCUAAGCUGGGCACACAGGACAGUCUCUCCAUGGGAGGAGAUACUGUGGGGACGGCCACCACCACCCCUCCCCAACCAUUCUCCCGGGAAUGUGGCCUGCCCACCAUGAGAGCUCCUGGACUCCUGGAGAGCAGAGCUAGACCAGAGCAGCCAGGCUGGGGCUCCUCCGCCCUUGACCCUCAGACUCUGGACUGACUAAGAGAGGGCUGGAGGAUGCCCCCCAUGCUGCUGAUAUUUAUCAGGGGCCCUGGAGGCUCCCAUCUGCUUAAGGAAGGCUGCCAAGCCCAGCUGGGGACCCUCUGCCCCUCAGGGGCUGUGUCCUCUGCCCACUCCCCUCUAGGGACCCGGAGGCCCAUGGGACAUGGGAGAGCAGGGUGGGCACUGAGGAACAGAAGAGCCUUCGUGUCAGAGGACCUGCCUGCCGCCAAGGGAUCCCAGCACCGACAAGCAGGGACUUGUCUCCAGAGAGAGAAGCAUGAGGUUCACAGGGCGGGACAGCGUUGUUGGAUUUCCCGUAAAGGCGUGUAGCCCAGAAGACGGGAAGAGUAGGCUUCUGGGCCUGCUGGUCUGCACUGAUCGCCCGGAGCGGGUCUGUACCUUCCACUUGCCUCAGUGCCCUCUGCCGGCGGCCAGGCAGAGAGGGGAUGCCAACCCGGCCCUCAGGACCUGCCUGGCCUGGCUUGGAUGCCCAGGGCAAGACUAAGCGCUGGCCUCUGCCCCACCAUUCCCCGAGGCCUGCCAGAGCUCCUCCAGGAGGCCGUGCAGAGCCUCUCCUCUGAAGGAAACCAUCGCACUGUGAAUACUGAACCUGCCUGCUGAACAGCCUGCCCCAUCCAUCCCGGAGAGCAAACACUUGUCCGUCCUCCCACUCCUCCAGCCUCUCCCCAGCUUCCUGCACUGAGCGCCCGAGCCGGCCUCGCCUGUCGACUGAGGGAGCCCCUGAGCCCUGACCUUCUGCUGACCCGGCUCUGACUCCCUGGGAUGGAUCAGGGUGGGAGAACUUCCCAGGGCCGGCAGCCAGAGCUGGUCUUUAGGCUGCGUUGUUCACCCAGGUUUCUGCAUCUUGCACUUUGACAUUCCCAAGAGGGACAUGACUAAAGGGAGGGAAGAAAGGAGGGGAGGCACUGACACAGAGAGAGAGACUGCAGGGUGAGCUCUGACAGCAAAUAGGUCUUUGAAAUUGAGGGCCUGCCCCUGAGGUGUGGCAAGGGGUCAGCACCCCUGAUCCCCCUGGCCGGCCUCUUUCCCUGUCCAGGCCCCUGCUCCCACCACAGUCCAAAGGCUGCUGUCAGCAGACACCUGGGCUGAGCGGUGUCCCUGUCAGGAGCCCGGGAGGCAGUGACCCCCUCCAGUUCUCGUCCCACCCCUCACUAGCAUCAUCUCUCUAACCAGGUGAGCCAGGGUGGGAGAGGGACUCGGAGAGUCCAGGCAGCUGCUUCCAGUCUGCCUUGAGGGCCUCAGCUCCCUCGACCGGCCAGUGGCUGCGGCUCUGAGUUCUGGGCAUCAGGUGACAGGCCAGUAGACUGCCUUCAGCCUUUGUGCUACUGUGUCCCUCCUCUCCUGCUGCUCCGGGCCCUCCACCAUGAGAUCCUGUUGGACUUGGCCACUGGACCGGGGCCUAUGAGCUUCCCUUCCAGCCCUUGAAAGUGAGGGUCCUCUGGUCCCUGCCUGCCCUGUUGCUAUCCGUUGAGGAAAGGGCAGUGGAGAACUUUCCCCAGGAGGCCCAUUUUCCUAGUCACAGACUCUAUAUUUGAUACUAAAAACUCUGUAUUUAAAAGCGGAAGGGG